AUGGAACUCGCAGAGCGUAUCAUUGAUGGCGACAAGCUUCCUACAGGCAUCAAGCCAGCUAUGAAGAGAAACUUGGCCUCGUUUGUUGGCGUGGUCCGCAAACUGCGCCGUGCUGCCUUGAAGGGCUCUACUGUCGGAGACAUCAUCCUCCUCGCUAUCAAGAAGACCGAGUACGAGGAGUACCUCCGCAGCUCGCAGCCAGACUACGAACAACGUUGGGAGAACGUUCAAGAACUUAUCAACUACAGUGUCGUAGUCUCGGAUGAGCAGGGCCGUCAGGACGCUGCCGAUGCAGACGUUGCCGAAGCGGGCGGGUUCACGUCCGCCUUGGCCUUACCGUUGGAAGACAUCAAGCCCAAGGUCGAGGCCAAACCGUUUGCUAGCGACGUGCGACUGCACCCCAUGUUCCAGGGCGCCGCAGCCUCGGGUCCAUCUCGCAGGCGCUCUGCUGAGAAGCAAGUUCGCGUCAAGAUUGAGAAUGACGUUGUGGAGAUUCUCUCGAGCGAAGACGAGCUGGACGAGCCCGACAUCAAGCCUGUGAAGCGCGAUUCCGUCCCGCCGUCUAGCGAGACUGAAGGGUUGACACCACUGCGCUUUUUUCUGCAGACGUCGAUGCUCUCCACCGACACUGAGUCUCAGGAGGAAGGUGCUGAAGUGCCGAAGGUUACAAUAUCAACUGUACACGCUGCCAAGGGACUCGAGUGGCCAGUGGUGUUCAUACCGUCUGUCGAGCAAGGCACCUUCCCGUUUCACCGAUGCACAGAGGAACACGAGGUUGCAGAGGAGCGUCGUUUGCUCUACGUGGCGAUGACUCGCGCGCAAUCUUUCCUUUCUCUGUCUCACUCAGCAACGCGCAUGUGGGCCGGCCAGGACGAGGACCGCGACCUGAGCGAGUUUGUGGCUAAAUCUAUGAGAAAGGACCCUAACCUGUUUUCGUCCUCGUUGCCCACCAUCGACGUCAACGUUCGUCACCAGAUGUCGACUAUGCUUGGUCGUCCACUGCCCAACGAGGCAGCGACCAAGGACGCUGUUAUGAAGCACGUCCGUGCAGCCCCGCCAUUGUCGACUUGGGACGCACCGGAGCCGCGUGGCAAGAACAGGUUCGCGCGUCGCGAGGGACCUGGCCAAAUGUCCAGAGCAGCAGACUAUUGGAACUCUGGCAUGGACGAGUACGCGCUCCCUUCGGCAAAUGGAUCUGGACGACCCUCGUCCAUGACGUUUGCGAGUGCACGCUCGCUAGGUCGCCCCGUGACCAUGUCCGCGCCGGCAGCACCGAAAUCUCCGCCGGCCCCGAUCAAGUCUGCGAAUCGAAACUUGCCGGCACCGUUACCAUUCACGUUCGACGCUUCGUCCAGGCCCAGGCCCGAGGCGAACUUGACGAGCUUUACGAGUAACAGCAAUUCGGCACUCGCUGCAAUGAAAUCUCUCGGUCUGCCCGACUCCAAGUCUGGUGCAGGCUCGCAAACCAACUUGGCUAGCUUCGCCAGCAACAGCAGCUCGAGCUUGGCUGCCAUGAAGUCACUUGGCAAACCGGAUCCGUCGCCCGGUGCAAGUUUAUCCCGUUUCACAAGCAACAGCAACUCGUCGUUGGCCGCCAUGGUGGCGCUGGGCAGGUCCGAAGCACCAGGCACCAACUCCAUCGGCGGCAACCGAACUAGCAGUGCAUUCACAUCACCGACUCUUAGUAGUGGUGGUGACGGUGGUGUUGGUGGGCUCGGUGCAUCCGGCUCGACCGGUGUUCCGGGGAUCCCGUUGGCUCGAGGCACCAAGCGCCUGGGCAUGGGUCGUCCUGCCCCUUGGGGGUCUAAGCGCAACAAGAGCUGA